GAUUGUGCGCCGUAGUCACACACACGUUCAUACGGUCUCUUUCACCAUGCUUCUGUAACGACAGCAAAGAUUCAGUGAAAACCUGCUGCAUUUCACCCCAAAAACUUGAUGUUUUUCUCCCCUUAGAGUCCAUUUCAACCGCCAAAAUUCCUCGUCGGCGGAGCAACCCCUUGUGCCACUCGGAGCCCUCAAUAUUGGGGGGUUUCUGUAACACAUACUGGACUGUCGAACCAGAAGGAUCUGAGCACCUAGGACAGCCGUUGGACUUCAAUUUGGAGCCAGAGUGGGACCCCAGCUGAUAUUUGCUGGGUACCCUUAGGUUUCACUUCUCAGUCCUUCUUCGAAUUUCAUAAAGAUCGCCACCACUGGUAAACCUCAAAAAGGAGGAGUGUUUUCAACUUGUAAAAAAAAAAGAGUGCAAUGGAGCGUUUCACGGCCCAGGAUCUUGAGGCCGAGGUAUACAGAAGGGGCACAACUGUGACUGACAUUGUCCAGAAAAAAGCUUCGGACUCUACGGACAGAGAGGAUCCAGAUGAUGCUUUUUUCAUUGGAGACCUCGGAGAUGUGGUUGUCAAACACAAAAAAUGGCUCAAAUCAUUGCCACGUGUUGAGCCAUUUUAUGCUGUGAAGUGCAACCCUGAUCAUUCUGUUGUGAAACUUCUGGCUGGGCUGAAGACCAACUUUGACUGUGCCAGUAAGAGUGAAAUUCAGAUGGUACUGAACUUGGGUGUGGCUCCGUCCCGAAUCAUUUUUGCCAACCCAUGCAAGCAGCGCUCUCAUUUGAAAUUUGCCGCCCAGAAGGGCGUUGACCUCAUGACCUUUGACAAUGAGGAGGAGCUCCACAAGAUAAAGAAAGUCUUCCCUGAAGCACGCCUUGUGCUGCGUAUCUUGACUGAUGACUCCACAGCUCAGUGUCAGCUGGGUCUCAAGUAUGGCUGCCAUCCCAAGAGGGCUCCAUACCUACUGCAUUUGGCCAAAGAGCUGGACCUUGACGUCGUGGGUGUCAGCUUCCAUGUUGGGAGUGGUUGCCGUCACUCGGGUGCAUUUGCCGAUGCUAUCCAGUCUGCCCGUACCAUCUUUGAUUACGGUGAACAACUUGGAAUCAGGAUGGAUCUGUUGGAUAUCGGAGGGGGUUACCCUGGCCAGGCUUCUGCAGCUAUUCCAUUUGAAGAGUUUGCGCACGUGAUCAACGCUGGCCUCAAUGAACAUUUUCCAGCCAGUAGCGGAGUUCGCAUCAUCGCGGAACCAGGACGUUUCUAUGUGGCGUCUGCGUUCACUCUUUGCGUUAACAUCACAUCCAAGCGUAUGGUUGCUCGCGACAUUCAGACAUUCUCUGUCGAGGAGUCUAAAGAUCUGGUCGCCAACUCCGUUGCUCCCUCCAAGUGUGAAGAACCAGCGUUCAUGUACUAUGUUAACGAUGGUGUCUAUGGUUCGUUUAAUUGCUUGCUGUAUGAUCACGCUACAGUCAUGCCCAAACUCCUCAAGGAGAGGAGCAAGAACUGCCUGGAGUAUUCGACCAGUAUCUGGGGACCCUCUUGCGAUGGGCUAGACCGUAUCGUCGAGCACUGUCUCCUGCCAGAGCUUGAGGUCGGAGAAUGGAUGAUUUAUGAAGAUAUGGGUGCGUAUACCAUGUGUGCAGGGUCAGAGUUCAAUGGAUUCAAGCGCCCAACUGGCUACUACGUUGUUCCAGACACCCUCGUGCCCCUGCUGAAGUAUAUCUUCGCAGAUGAUCCCAGCCCACUUAGCAAGUUCACCACCCUGAAGGAUGCGGCCACUCCAUUGACCACCGACCACUACAAAACCCUGAAUGCGGCCACUCCGCUGACUACUGAUCACUACACCUCCCUGUUAGCCACUUUCAUCUCCCGUACCGAUGUUGAAAACACUCCUUCCUUUGCCAGGUCUGAGAUUGGACCAGAGUUCUGAUGCAGCUCUAUACCAAAAAGAUUAAACAUAAUUUACAUAAAUUAAUAAUGUUUGCAUAAUUUACAUAAAUCAAUAAUGUUUGCUUGGCUUUGAAGAUGUUUUGCAAGCUCUGACAUGUGAUUUAGGGAGCGUCUCAAAAAUGGGGGACGUUCUAGGCGCGAGAGAAUGUUUACGUUGGUGUAGUCCCACAGUUCAUUGGUUUUGCUGAACUGCAUCAUUGUGUCAAAGAACGAGAGCAGUCCUACAUCAAUGACCAUUGGUAUUUUGAGCGUUCCAGUGGAACCUUCCAGCGGUCAAAUGAACUGGUCAAAUUAAAAUGUUUUACCAUUCUGAGUUUUGAGACCCCCCCCCCUUUCAAGUGAUUUUCAAGUAUUAGUUGAUAUGUUAAAGGUGUAUGAUGUAGUUUUUUUCAAAUAAAGCUUUAAACCAUAUUUUUCUUAGCCCUCUUUGUUCAGGUGUGACCAUUUUUCCAAGCAUAGCUCUGCAGACAUUUAAGGAGAACUUCACGAUGCCCCUUCGGGUGUGAUUAGUGCUAUAUCGGGUGUGAUUAGUGCUAUAUCGGGUGUGAUUAGUGCUAUAUCGGGUGUGAUUAGUGCUAUAUCGGGUGUGAUUAGUGCUAUAUCGGGUGUGAUUAGUGCUAUACUAACUGUAUUUUCAUUAUAAGUCAAGAAACUGGCCUUUAAUGUUGUUUGAAUACUAUCAUCUCUUUAACUCCUUGCAUAGCAAAAAUUUGCCAACUAAAAUCCAAUGUAUUUUGAGUUUUACGUAUCCACUCAACUUAACUAUUGCACCCACUUGUCUGACUUAAAUUAGCAAAGUUUGCUUUUGAUAUUUAGAGGUACUUUAUAGGAAUAUUUCAGAAAGUGUUAUUCUCUUUAAGCGAAGAGCAUAUUCUGCUUUAAUAUCUACUGUUUAAAUAAUAUAGUUGUACUUAAUUUGUUCCAAACAUAUAUUAACCUGUGUUAAUCCUGCGCAUGCUGCAAUUACUUAAACGUUGCCAGUUAUCUUUGUUUGACACUCAAUUGUUUUCAUUCAACUGCGAUGUUCAUUACUCAGCCAAGGUUGCUGUAAAAUCGCAAAUACAAUGUUUCCUCGUUUUGGUGCAUGUUUUACUGCUUGUUAUUGGUCUUUUGGCGCCUGAAGCAUGGAUCAUAAAAAAAAGUGAAAAAUGUACUUUUAAAUAGACGUCACAAAUUCACAAUGAAUUAUUUGCUACAGUUGAAAUGUGUUCAACUCCUGCGAAAUUAUUUGCUGCGAAAACAGCCAUGGACGUCAAAAUUCGCACAAGUACGAACCAGCCUUUAGUUUAUUUUUUUUAGGGAUCUAGUGAAAACUAGACUUAAGUUGCGUCUGCACAGUGUUGUGCUUAUUCAUCUGACUCUGAUAAGUGUCGCUGAAAUUAUUGUUUUAGUUAUGCUGUUUGCAGUUCCUACCUUAAAAUAAUUUGAUUAUGAAUUUUAAAACUGUUUACAUUGCAGUUGCAUUUAGAAACAACUUCAGCUGAAGCCAAUGUCAAGAGAGGGGAUGGGAUAGUGGCUGCAUGUCACUUGUUCAGAAAUAAAUUAUCUUUCUUACUGCAGCUGACUUGCCUCAUUCAUAUAAAAAUAGUUUAAAAUGGUACAUUGUGCGUGUGAAUUUGCUGCAUAUAAAGAAUAUAACGAUUCGUUAAGAUGUCAAUGGGCAGUAAAUGGAUUAGACUCGUCUUCUUAUAAGGCAAAGUAGUUUUAAUUUUCUAAUGGAAAUCAAUCAGAAACAAAAGAAAUUUUGAAGCAGAUUUGUAGUAAAAAAAAUUGAAUAAUCUUUGACUUUGCUUUUUAUUCAUAAAAAAAUGCUAAUUCCAAUGUGUGUCGGCUGUGGGUGGUGUGUCUUUUCUCUAUUUGGAUUCAAAAUCGUAUAACAAUGCACACGUUUUCAGUUUGAUUCAGUUUGGACCAUUUUUGUGAGGUUAAUUAUCAAAAAUAUGUACUUGCAUUAUUUUGUAGUUAUUUGAGUUUGAAUUUAUUAUUGGUUGAUUGUGCACGAGGUAACUGGUACAAUUUAUUAAAAGAUUUUGUUGCAGGGAA